CCGUUUUGACAGACUCCUGUGCGCAGGCGCGGAAAAGUAGCCUGCCUGGGCCGAGCGGUGGCGACGCGGAGGUGUCUGUCCGGUCCAAGAUGGCAGAGGUGGAGGAGACACUGAAACGACUUCAGAGCCAGAAGGGGGUGCAGGGCAUCAUCGUGGUGAACACAGAAGGCAUUCCUAUCAAGAGCACCAUGGAUAAUCCCACUACCACACAGUACGCCAACCUUAUGCACAACUUCAUCUUGAAGGCCCGGGGCACUGUGCGUGAAAUUGAUCCCCAGAAUGACCUCACCUUCCUUCGAAUUCGCUCCAAGAAAAAUGAAAUUAUGGUUGCACCAGAUAAAGACUAUUUCCUGAUUGUGAUUCAGAAUCCAACUGAAUAAGCCACUGUGUUGGCGGCCUGCGUCUUUCCUUAAUUUAAUGCCCCCCCAAGAAUGAUAGUGUUAAUCAUGUCCAUCAGCUGGGAUACCUUAGAGUCCACUCAACCAUCCAGUGACCAAGGGUGGUCUGUAGCUCCACCCACCCCACCAGACUUCUCCCUCUGCUGCCAGGCGCCCCGGAGCUCCUGGGAGGGCCCUUUCCUCGUGUCCAGAUUUUGGAGCAAGAGCUUAUGAGAAACCCACACCCUGCCUCCCUCUGACCUUCUGUUCACUUUGUCAACUUUGGGGAAAGCUGUCUUUAACUAAAAAUAACCAAAAUGUUUACCUGCUUGUGUGUCUUAAACACGGGGUUCAAAAGAUGUCUCUCUUCCUGUGUAAUCACAUGUCUAAAGGCGGAAGCCCCGAUGCCACUCCAGCCCCAGGGCAGGCUAUUCAUGGCUGAGAGGCCUACUCCUCAUUGCGCUCCUGGCCACCCCUCUGAGCUGAGCCUGGGUUGUCUUCGGUUCUGUGGUUCCUGGGACUCUAGUUCCUAGCCACCCCCUUAUCAUUUCCCUCCCUUCCCAGUAUUUUCAAAGUUUUUUCCUACACUGAACUGAGAAAAGGAAAGGGAGGGGAUAUGAAAUGAAAUUGGGAUCUAAAAAAUGACUCACUUUAGGUGUCACAGCCAGGACUAGGUUUCUGGUUUGAAAAGCUAGCUCUGCGCGUCCCCGCUGCCUUCCCAGGAGCUCCAGAAGGUUCUGUGGGUGAGCUCGUCCUGGGCAAACCUGUGCUUCCCCUUGGACUGUAUAAGGGGAUCCCAGGACGUGCCUGCCACUGUGAGGCUGCAGGACCCAUCAUCCAGCGGCACUCUAGAAUCCCCCCAGAAGGCACACGUAUUUAUUACGUUUUUGUUUCUUGUUCCAGAGGGAAAAGAUUGAAAAUUGUGUAGUGCAAAUCUUGAAAUCCUUCAUUGUCCUUUCCCAUAAGUAACCUGUCUAUAGUAUUAUUUCUCCCAUCUAGCAAAAAUGCUUUUCUCAUUUCCCAGUGAAAUUUUAUCAGUAACAGAAGAGUGAAACAUACCCCUCGGAGCCUAGGGGUGUAGUUUAUGAGGGUUUGGCAAAAUUUCUUCACAAUUUCCUAUUUUAGUGAAAGAUCAUAGGAAUUUUCCACUCCAUAAUGCAUGUCUGUCAACAUAGAAGUCUUUUCAAAUAAUUUUCCUCAAAUCUUCAAGGAAAACUGAUUCUCUGGGAAACCGCUGUACAUUUGCCCUGUCCCUGCAGACCCAAGAAGCCCAUCCUGAGGAGGGGGUGAUGGCAGGACUGGAUCCAUCAUUUUCUCGGAAGUUAGCACUUGAAGGAAAGUGAGGUAUGCCACCAGUAUCUUCCCUUUGUUCUCUGAGGCUGGGGUCCAGAUCAGGUUCCCUGUCCUGGCUUGAGUUUCUCCAAGGAUAAUGGGGCAAGAAGGUCUGAUACACAAAUCAUCCAGAGGACGUGGGGUUUCCGGAGGAAGGGCCUCUGUCCCUGGGGAAGCAGGUGGUGUAGCUCCAGAGCAGGCUUUGGGGAUGUGGCCCUCCCUUCUUCAUGCAGUCCUUCUUACCUGCAUUUAAGCUCCCCAAACUUCUGUCAAGGUCCUGAGGAAAAUUUAGGCUGUCUGGCUUUGGGGAAAAUCCAUGACUUGUAAUGAUGCUUCACCGCCAGACCCCUGGGCAGUUGGGUUCCACUCUGAGCUUCAUUCCUGCUUGUGAUGCACCCCGUUUAACUCUCCAGAGGCAAAACCUCGGAACUUCAGUCAGUCUAAAUAAUAGUAAAUUCUCCAGGCCUUCUGUACUUAAAAGCAAAUAUAGAGGAAUAAUACCCGCUAGAGUUAGAAAUUGACAAAUGCCCUGGGCAUGGAGGGAAGGGUAUGGUUUCUGGAUUUUAGAAGUGAAUUUGCCAAAAUAACACGCGUGUGUCUAUUCCCACCAUUAUGGAUAUUUUAAUAUCAACAAGUGGAAAUAAUUGUAUGUCCUCUAUUCUGUAAUUUCUAGUUAGCUUUAUGUAAUCUGUCCAUUCUAUCCAUCGUAUUUUUUGAUGCAUUUCAAAAUAUAAUUGUAGGCCAAACAUUUCAACAUGCAUAUUAACUAGUUUGUUUUAAUAAAGGUGGAUAAGAUUGUUUUAAUACAGGUGGAGGGUGGAUAAGAUUUAAAGUAAUGAAAUGCAUAAAUCCUAGCAGGUACACCUGUCAACCCAGUCCCCCCAUUUCAAGAUCACAUUAUGCCAGAAAGCUCUCCUGCUCCCCAGUCUCCACCCCACUCACCAGAGGCAACACCUUUUCUGAUUCCCUUCAGGUAUGUUCUUUACCCUCCAAGGUGCACCUCCACAGGGUCCCUGAGCAGGCCUACAUUUCAGAUGAGUGGUUGCCUUUCAGGGACUGCCCUCCAUCGCCAGCCCUCUACCCCAGCACCUGCCACAGGCUACAGAAUUGUGUUCUCUGUGAGCUGGUAUUUCCUUUUCUCCAAAAAUGUGCUUUAAAAACCCUUAAGGAGGGCCUCCCCGGUGGCGAAGCGGUUGAGCGCUGGGUUGCGAAGCUGCCCACAGCCUAUGCAGUGCCGGUUCGAUCCCCGGCUGCUCCCCGGCCACC